CUGAAACAUGGCGCUGCGAGCUUUAGUUGGUGUCAAGAGGGUCAUAGACUAUGCCGUGAAGGUGCGGGUGAAGCCUGAUAAGACCGGGGUGGUCACUGAUGGAGUAAAGCACUCUAUGAAUCCUUUCUGUGAGAUUGCGGUGGAAGAAGCAGUCAGGCUGAAGGAGAAGAAGAUUGUCAGUGAAAUCAUCGCCGUAAGCUGCGGCCCACAGCAAUGCCAGGAGACCAUCCGAACAGCUUUGGCCAUGGGAGCCGACCGAGGAAUACACGUUGAAGUGGCUGCUAAGGACGCAGAGAGCCUCGGGCCAUUCCAGGUCUCCAAGAUCAUGGCAGCACUGGCAAAAAAAGAAAAUGUUAACCUGGUGCUGAUGGGGAAACAGGCCAUUGACGAUGACUGUAAUCAGACCGGACAGAUGACCGCAGCUCUGCUUGACUGGCCUCAGGGGACAUUUGCUUCAGAAGUGAAAGUGGAAGGAGAGAAGUUGACAGUAGUGCGAGAAGUAGACGGGGGUCUCGAGACCAUCAGCGUGAAACUCCCGGCAGUCGUCACGGCUGACUUGCGACUGAACGAGCCGCGUUACGCCACUCUUCCCAAUAUCAUGAAAGCCAAAAAGAAGAAAAUAGAGACGGUGAAACCCUCGGAUUUGGGAGUGGACAUCACAAGCCGUAUCCGCGUUUUAAGCGUGGAGGAUCCCCCCCAAAGACUAGCCGGCGUUAAAGUAGAAACUGUACAGGACCUCGUAUCCAAGUUGAAGGAAAGCGGGCGAAUAUGAUGUGGCUUCUCUGCUUCUAGAGGUUAAUUGCUCUGCGGCGGAUUCCUGGGGUGCAGGGUUUGACUCCGCCUGGCUCUGCCGUCCCGUUACCUCCCGGUGCCUUUCCCACGCACUGCCGGACACCGACCCUGAUUGUACAAUGGAGAAUGGAGACGAGUGGACGAGAGCAACAAUCACUGUAAUUAAUCUUGUGUCUAGUAAUAAAAUUUUUCGCCUUUGUACAUCCUGA